GAGCUGAUCCACAACAGGAAACAACUCGUAAUCUUUUAACUAAACAGACAUUUCCUCCUCCAGUUGUUGUCAGUUGGACUUCUAGCUCUCAUUAGCUCCUCUGUACUCAUCCAUCCUUUCUGCCUGCCCUCUGUCCCAUAUCUCUGCCUGGCUGGGAAGGCACUACUUUUAAGUGACAUUUCAGACUGCUUUGGAAGUAUUCUUAGGAUUGUUAGGAUAAUAGUUCUGGAGGAAGGAGGAAUCCCCACCAGGUGACUUGCCCCUCGCUGUAGCAACCCAGCCUGUGGAGAAGAGGAAGAGUGGAUCCAGGAGAGGACCAUGGAGCAGUGUGAGACUUCUGCGAGCCCCAGCAGAGAUCACCCAUGGAAGGCAGCGACCAUGAAGAGGAGGGCCUGGGCCCAGAGCAGAGACUCCUGGCAGGGCCCCUCUGAGAGUCAGGACACCCAGGAUCAGGAGGGUUGCAGCGAGGAGAUGGUGUCCCCAGAGCCCACCAUGGAGACGACGGCCCCGGCCGAGGAGCCAGGGCGCUUCCCUAACAAGAUUGCAAGCUGGCUCAAGGACUGCAGGACUCCUCUUGGGGCGUCUCUGGAUGAGCAGAGCAGCACUCAGUCCAAGGGAGUGAUGAAGAAUGGAUGCAGCUUUGAAGACGACUUGUCUCUCGGAGCCGAGGCCAAUCACCUUCAGCCCAACAGUGCCAAAGCAGAGACACCCUGCUAUGGAAUGCCUGCGAAGGACAAGAGGAGCCAGUUCCGGCAGAAAGGCAGGAGUAUGAACUCAACAGGAUCAGGGAAGAGCAGCACCACUGUGUCCAGUGUGUCUGAGCUGUUGGACCUUUAUGAAGAGGAUCCAGAAGAGAUCCUGUUUAACCUGGGGUUUGGCCGGGAGGAGCCGGACAUCGCCUCCAAGAUCCCCCCGCGCUUCUUCAACAGCUCCUCCGGAGCUAAGGGCAUCGACAUCAAGGUCUAUCUAGGAGCACAGCUGCAACGCAUGGAGAUGGAGAACCCCAACUAUGCCCUGACAAGUCGUUUCCGUCAGAUCGAGGUCCUGACCACGGUGGCCAACGAGUUCUUCCAUCUGUACUCCCAGGUCUCCGGCCAGACUGUCCAGAAGAUCUGCAGCCUGGAUGGGGAACCGCUCACCAUCGUCCCUCCUUCUCCUCUGAGGAGGAACAACUCAGCCCUGAACGCAGCCAAGAUCCUGAAGAAGACGAUCACUAAACACAACCUGCUGGGUGGGUUGGGGGAGGGGGGGGCUCCUACCAUCACAGCCCUGUCUACUACAGAGAAACUGGCAGACCAUGUGAGUCCAGGUACAGGGGACAGCGCCGUCACAACUGACUCCGACCAUAAGGGUGAGCUCAAGCAGAAGGCCUUUAGGAAGAAGGACUCUCCAUCUCUGGCCACGGUGACUGAGGAGAGCCACUCUGGAGGCAGCACUGAGGCCACCCUAAGUGUCAAUGGAGACCACCCUGGAGUGAACGGAGAUGGCCAGGCAUUGACCCAGGAGCGUGACCUGAGCCUGUCCAAUGAGGCCAACUUGGAGAAAGAGCACCAAGACAUUCAACUGAAGGGCCAGCGAACUAUCACAUCAACCCCAGACAAAGGACCUAACUACAGUCUGCUGCCCAACCCUCACAUCGCCCACCUCCGCACACAGACCAAGGACUCCUUUGAGAUGGAAGAGGUCCAGAGUAAUGAGGAUGAGGCUUUACCUGGGACACACAGCACCUCUAGAGCUGGCAGUGAGCAACUACUAAGAACAGCCAGCCAGCAGUCAGACAGUAGUGGCUUUGCAGAGGACCCUUCUACUGACGGCUCAGCUAACUAUCUAAAGGUACAGGAGAGCUCCGACAGCUGUGACAGUGAGACCACAGUGACGUCUCACGCUGGGGAGGGGACCACUCCUCUAGCCCUGGAACACCCUGCCUUUGGGAGGCUGCAGGAGGGGGAGGAGGAGGAGGAGGUGCAGAUUCCCUCUGUCCCACAGAAACACCUUGUGGCAGACGGAAGGAGGAGCUGGAGCCAUAAUGGGGAGGAGGAGCUACAGGAGGUGCCACAGUACACCACCCAUCAGUUACCUAAACAAGGAGACAGAGGGGUGGCCCAAGACUCAGAGCAGGACCAGAAGCAUAACACUGCUGAGGAAGCUGCUUCUGUUCAUGCCUCUGACACUCCUCAGUCAACUCCUGAGACAUACCGUACUGCUGAGCCUCACGUGGAAGCUGAUCCUGGUUCUACAGGAGACCGUGGCUCCGUCCCGGCCCCGGCCCCAGACUGCAGCUCUUCUGGUUCCCCAGCCAGGGAGGGUGUGCCUGACAGGGUGGAGAUGGAAGUCAGAACCCCCAGCCCUAGCGCCAGUUGCCCUAGCCUAGGUGCCUCAGCCAGGGUCCAAGGGGCCCUUCACAGGGCCCAGCAGAGGGCCUCAUCCUCAGGCCUCCAGGGUCACCGGAUGGAGGGGAAGUUGACAGCCAGGGAUCUGUUCAGGAGAAGAGCCCCCCUGACGAGGUCCCGAUCCCUGCCUACCUCCCUCCUCACCCCCUCCCGUGUGGUCUCCUCUGUCAGGAUCCAGUUUGGCCAGGGUACAGUCAGGCACUGCACCCAGCCAGCCUUCUCCUACCAAUACACCCCAGAAGAGGAGGAGGAGGUGGGGUCCAUCGUGGAAGAGGAGGAGGUUGUGGAGGAUGAGUGUCAGAGGAGAGACAGCUGCCGCUCUACCUUGAUUAUCAACAGAGGGACCGAGCUAUCACAUGGCCCCGGGUUACAAAGAGAUGGUGAACUGAGAGGCCUUCAGGGCAGGGUGCCCCCUUACCCCCUGGCCAUCCCCCGCCACCUGACCCGCUCAACCGUCUCACUGCACAGCCACAGCCCCCCUCCUGAGUGGGGAGAGAGGCCUCUGGGGGAGCACCACCGUGCCUGGAGCACCUGUAGCGUACCUAACCUCACCCAACGUAACCUGGCCCACUUCAAUAACCCUAACCUCACCCAACGUAACCUGGCCCACUUCAAUAACCCUAACCUCACCCAACGUAACCUGGCCCACUUCAAUAACCCUAACCUCACCCAGCACAUCAACCCUAACUCCAACCUAACACAGCACUACCUAGCCCAACACAAUCAACCUAACCUUACUCAACACAACCUUGCUCAGCACAACACCCCUAACCCAGCCCAGUACAACCCCACUCUUCCCCAUGGCAGUGUCCCCAACCUAGCCCAAUACAGCAACCCUAAUCCCUACUUGUCCCACCACAAUAGUCCCACCCUACCCCAUGGCAGUGUCCCCAACUUGUUCCAGUAUCAGCCCUCCACCCACCACCACCACACCCUCCAUAGCCUCCCUACUUAUCCAUAUGGUAGUGUACCUAACCUUCCCCAGCACGCAGCUCCCACCUUACCCCAUCAUGUGGCUCCUAACUGUCCUGCCUAUAGUGCUCCUUACACUAACAACAUGGGUAACCUUCUUCCACACAACUUCCCCUGUUCCCUGUACAGCUCCUCCUGUAACACCCCACCCCUUAGUGCCCCCUUCAGUUCAACUUACCAUAACUACAACGGUAACCCCUAUAGUGGGUCCUACAACGAGCUAAACAGCAACAAUCCUUGUACUGCCCAUAGCUCUUACUCUAACCCUUCAUACACACCUUCCAACCUGCCUCAUCUCUCUACUGCCCCCUAUGGAGGACCAUACAGUACUCCAUACUUGGGCCACCACCCUCUGAUCCCCUACCCCCAUGACCCGAUGGCUACAUCCUCUCGUCUUCCCCCAGCCCUGUCUACCACCGAGAUGCAACUGAGAAGGGUCCUUCACGACAUCAGAGGAACUGUGCAGAACUUGGCUCAGAAUUCAUCAGAACGUGGAGCAGACACUCCCUCCGACAUGUUCAACCCUCAGAGACCUGCCCAGCCACUGUAUGAGACUUCUCUCCAGGAGCUGCAGGCUAAGAGGAGGAGUCUGAAUGUGUUCCGGACUCAGAUGAUGGAUCUGGAACUGUCCCUGAUGAAACAACAGGCACUAGUCUACCAGCACCUCAGUCACGAUGAGAGGCAGGAGGCGGAGCAGCUGCACGGUCUACGGUCUGAAGUGAGACAGGAGCUGCAGGAACUAGAGCUCCAGCUGGAGGAUCGGCUGCUGACCCUGAACGAGCAGUUCCGCUCUGCCAGCCAGCACAGUCUCUACCGCCACAGCAUGGGUAUGAAGAGAGGUCACAGCAUGGACAGCCUGUCUAACAGUUCUGCUCUGAGAGCUAUGGAGCCGAUGUCGGACCUGCUGAGGGAGCAGCUGUACCUGCAGACAGAGCUGGGCUACGAGAGCAGGGCAGAGGGUGGAGCUAGCAUGGCCCCCACCCCCAGCUCAGGCCUCUCUUCCAGGUCAGCCAGUCCAACGAGGUCCUCUGGACGUCACCCUGGCCCAUCCCACACCCCGGAGCUGUCCCUCCCAGGUCCCCAGAAGACGGGGAUGUACCGGGCUUCCGUCUCCCUCACCCCGGCACCCCCUCCGCGGCCUGGUGCUGCCACAUGGGCAUCCCAGUGCUCAGACCAGGCACUGCCAGUGCAAGGUCCUGAAGACGGAGAGGAGGAGGUUGGAGGAGGGAGAGCAGCUGUAGACCCUCACCUACUGGAGGAGAGGGGCAAAGAGAGAGGAGGAGGAGGAGGAAGAGCAGACAACCCCCAUCUACAGGAGCUCAUCAAGGAGAUUAAAGAGAGUCUAGCUGAUGAGAUCCGACAGGAAAUAGUCAAUGAGCUCCUAGCUGCCGUGUCUCCACGACGAUCACCUGUGUCGACCAGAGAAUAUCCGCUGUGAACAUGGCGACAGUUGAACGCUGAGGCCUGGUGUAGUCUACCCAACCUGAACACUGGUGAAGCCAUGCACUGAUCAGCCCAACAACCCCUUAACACUGUUUCAACUAUUUCCAGAGAUAAUGGCAGAUACAUUAACACUGUGUUUCUACCAUAGGAAUAUAAUUAUAUUUCUAUGGUUUCUACUUCAGAGAGUGUGACGGUGGCUGGUGCCUUAACACCCGUAUACCUGGUAACCUGGGAGACACAAAUGAUGCUAUAUAUUUGCUUUUAUAGUGAACUCUCUUCUGUCUUAACGGUCCAAUUUCAAACACAGAAUGUUACUUAGUGUGUUUAUUUUGCUGAAGACUAACUAUGUUGUAAAAAAAAUAAAAAUCAUGAGAACAUUAACCCAAAAUGAAAUCAUUUUGACAUGCAGAAAUGUGUUUAAGGUUAAUUCUAUGAUUUUUUUUUUUUCUUCCAAUUCCACCCUGGCUGUCUGUGACGUUAUGUUACGUUAGGCCUAUGCUAUGAUUCUGACGUUGUGUAUGGGUUGUAUUUAAGCACGUAGAUGUGGGUCAGAGUGCAUGUCUUGUCCUGAAGGUGAAAGAUGACCAAGGUUGAGGAGACUUAAGGCCUGGUUGAUGAUAAUGGUUGUAUGGGAGUUUAGUGUCUGCUGUAAAUGACCAUGCCCUCUUCUAAUGCAACCUCUAUGAGGAAUGAACCAGACCUGGGUUCAAAUACUAUUUCAAGUCUUUGAAGUACUUUGAGCAUUUGCUCUUGCCUGCCAGGAGUGUCAGAUAGGUGGGGUUUACUGUUUUGGGACUUAUAUAUUAGUGAAUUAAUCCAGGCAUGCUCAGAUAGUCUUUGCACCCAGGUCUAGAACUAACUGUGCAAUACAUUUCACUGUCUCUGAACUUGAAAAGAUCAAUAGUAGAAACUACUGUUUUUGAAACGCACCACUUGAAGACAAGUGUAUGCAUUAUAUUAAUUCCACACUUUUGUCCUGGGUCGUGUUCAUUAGGGUAACAAUGGAAAACGUUUUAAAGCAUUUUUCAACGAAAUGAAAGAGUUUCUUAUUGGACUAAUAAGUCCAGUUAGUCUCUCCCUGUUUCAGUCCAUUUUCCUCCGUUUGGUGGUUAAUGAAUCUGACCCAGAUGUACGCGUUUUUGUUAGAAAACUGUCUCAUGUGAAAAACAAACAAAAAAACAUUCACAUUCCUAACUGUAUUUCUUAUCUUAAACAGAUGUUAAAACCACUAAAUGUAUUUGUCCUGAUAUAUUUUCUUUAAAGGAAUGAGGAAAGAGAUACUGUAAAAGAGACUGCUGUGUUGAACUGGAGAGUAGAAUGAACCGUCUAUCUCAUCUGAUAGAACUAUCAAUAGAGCCUAUUGUUCCCGCUCAUACUUAUGGACAGAAUCAUUGUGUAUUUAUGAGAAUAUUAUAUUUCAAAUGUGAGGAUUAUAAUGUUGUAUUUUCCUGCUGGAUUUGUAAUUAUAAGAUGAAACAGACAUUUAUUUUACCACAGAUGUUUAAUUAUAUUGUUUUCCAAAAUGAUUUAUUGUUACUAACUGAUCUAUUUCAAUAUGUGGCUACUUCCUGCCAAUGGAGAGCUUCUUUUUAACCGGAUUUUGUUUAUCUUUAUCUUGGGAUGCAUGAGGGAUUGUCUCUAUAGCAAAUAAUAAAGAUGUAUUUAUUUUCAA